AGGCUCCUGGUGCUCCUUUCGUCCUCUGGUUUCGUUAUAAGUGGUUGGGCCACCUCGCUUUUUGUGUCAGAAUCGCGCCGGCGGAGUCUGGACUUGUGAGCUGGUGUCUCAGGAGGCCUUUCUUUCUGAGAACCGAUCACCAGGGACACCGCGGUCAGGCUCCCUGGGGCUCACGAAGUAACCUUUCCCCCUUUAACUGUGGAACUUGGGAACCAGAGAACGUGUACUCAGUCGAGCUGGUUCUGCGUGGCUUCCACCCGGCUUCCUGGCUUUAUUUAAAUGCAAAUUAUAGAAACAGAGAAGAGGCCUGCUUUUGGUUACCCUCCACUGGCCUCAUGGCUUCCAUGCAGAUGGAUCCUGAGUUAGCCAAGCAACUCUUCUUUGAAGGAGCCACUGUGGUCAUUCUGAACAUGCCUAAGGGGACAGAGUUUGGCAUUGACUACAACUCCUGGGAGGUGGGGCCCAAGUUCCGGGGUGUGAAGAUGAUCCCCCCUGGCGUGCACUUCCUCUACUACAGCUCUGUGGACAAGGCCAAUCCCAGGGAGGUGGGCCCUCGCAUGGGCUUCUUCCUUAGCCUGAAGCAGCGGGGGCUGACAGUCCUGCGCUGGAACGCAGUUCAGGAAGAAGUAGACCUGUCUCCAGCUCCAGAGGCUGAAGUAGAAGCUAUGAGAGCCAAUCUCCCGGAGCUAGACCAGUUUCUGGGACCCUACCCAUAUGGUACACUCAAGAAAUGGAUCUCACUCACCAACUUCAUCAGUGAGGCCACCGUGGAGAAGCUGCAGCCAGAGAGCCGGCAGAUCUGCGCCUUCUCAGACGUGCUGCCUGUGCUUUCCAUGAAGCACACCAAGGACAGGGUGGAGCAGAACCUGCCCCUCUGUGGCACUGAAUGCAAAAGCUACCAAGAGGGCUUAGCCCGGCUGCCUGAGAUGAAGCCCAGGGCUGGGACAGAGAUCCGCUUCUCAGAGUUGCCCACUCAGAUGUUCCCUGCAGGCGCCACACCAGCAGAGAUCACCAGGCACAGCAUGGACUUGAGCUACGCCCUCGAGACUGUGCUCAGCAAGCAGUUCCCUGGCAACCCCCAGGAUGUACUUGGUGAGCUCCAGUUUGCCUUUGUGUGCUUCCUGCUGGGCAAUGUGUAUGAGGCGUUUGAGCACUGGAAACGGCUCCUGAACCUCCUGUGUCGGUCUGAAUCUGCCAUGGUGAAGCACCAUGACCUGUACGUCAGCCUCAUCUCCAUCCUGUACCACCAGCUUGCUGAGAUCCCUGCUGACUUCUUUGUGGACAUUGUCUCCCAGGACAACUUCCUCACCAGUACCUUACAGGUUUUCUUCUCUUCUGCCUGCAGUAUUGCUGUAGAAGCCACCCUGAGGAAGAAAGCAGAAAAGUUCCAAGCCCACCUGACCAAGAAGUUCCGCUGGGACUUCGCUUCAGAGCCAGAAGACUGCGCCCCAGUGGUGGUGGAGCUCCCUGAGGGCAUCGAGACGGCCUAACUGCAAAUCCUCAAGCCAUGGGAGACCCCUUCCCUCAUCAGCGUCUCCCUGAUUCAUCUGUCUUAGAAUCCUCCAGCGCAGUGAUCCAGUCAGGUCCUGCAAAGAUGGAGCCAGAACCUGUGUUCACCAGUAAAUACAUUCCUUUGCUGCAAAAGUGGCCAUUUGUGGUUCCCUGUAGCCUGGCCCUGCCGCUGAAUUUCAGGAAAAAAAGAGGUCAAAAUGAAUCCUGCCCCAGCAACAGACUAAUUCCUUCUGACAAUAAGAAAAUGAACAUUAAAUCCAAAAGAACUAGCUGCUUAUUCCAUAGCUGCUUAAAAGAGGAAAGAAACCAGAUCCAUCCUAGGGUCUGUGGUAUUAAGUCAGUGAGUUUUUAAGUUAAAUGUAGGUUUGAAGUUGAAUGUAGUUUGUAUAGAAUUUCUACCUGCUCCUGUGAAUGGAAGGAAACCCAGAACUCGGGCCACUGACCUCUUAGGAGUCUAGCCUGGGAACAGGAGACAAGGAAGAUGGUGGGUGAGUCUGGCAGGUAGCCAGCUUCAUCUGCCACACCUCCUUUACACCUGAGUCAGCCACCAGAUGUGGGGUCUCCUGCUACUGCCAUUGUCAUCCUGGGGCCUCACUGAAGCAGGAGGUGGAAGCUUCCCAGUGUCCCCAUUUUCCACUAAGGCUACCAUGAUGCUUCUGAUGACAUGGAACUCAACAGCAAAAGGAGAGAUUCUUGCUCUGAGCCUGCUUAGGCCCUGUUAAAGUCUGGUUUUCUUCAGAGCCAUGGAGAUAGCUGGGUAGCUUAACUCUCCCCAGCCCUGCUGUGGGGUUCUGAGUGCCAGCACGUUUCUGGUGUUAGGGAGUCUUGAGGGCACACCCAUUGUGCAGUGUGGGCAGAGUUCUGCCUCAAGAAGGGCUCCCAGGCCCUCCACCCUGACCUCAGACUCUCUGCUGUACUAUGGAGGCUUGAGAUCACAGCAGGCCUCUGAGUGAGAGUCCUGCUGUUUAAGACUUUUGGUUCCUCUGUUUCCUUGGAGAUGUUUUUCCAAGAGCAUAAUGUACAUUAAAGUCUUUGAGUUGGGACUAA